UGAGCGUGCGGGGCUCCGGCGGCCACCCUCGCCUCGGCCGCCAUGUCCGCCGCCAUCGAGCAGGAAUUCCAGGAGACCGACGCCGCUAACGACUGGCAGGCACGUUAUCUGGAAAUUCGACAUAAAUCCAGUGACUACCCUCACAAAGUUGCAAAGUACCCAGAAAACAGAAAUCGCAACAGAUACAGAGAUGUUAGUCCAUAUGAUCAUAGUCGUGUAAAACUGCAGAACACAGAGAAUGACUAUAUUAAUGCCAGCCUAGUGGUCAUAGAAGAAGCCCAGAGAUAUUAUAUUUUAACACAGGGUCCACUGCCUAACACAUGUUGUCAUUUUUGGCUAAUGGUAUGGCAGCAAAAAACCAAAGCAGUCGUCAUGUUGAACAGGAUUGUUGAAAAGGAAUCGGUGAAAUGCGCCCAGUAUUGGCCAACAAAAGAAGAAGAAGUUAUGACCUUCAAGGAAACAGGAUUCCGUGUGAGGCUAGUAUCUGAAGACAUCAAAUCCUAUUACACAGUACAUCUACUGCAAUUAGAAAAUAUCAACAGUGGCGAGUCCAGGAUGAUAUUUCAUUUUCAUUAUACAACRUGGCCAGACUUUGGAGUCCCUGAGUCCCCAGCGUCGUUCCUGAACUUCUUGUUCAAAGUGAGAGAGUCUGGCUCGCUCAGCCCUGACCACGGGCCCGCCGUGGUGCACUGCAGCGCAGGCAUAGGGCGCUCCGGCACCUUYUCCCUGGUCGACACCUGUCUUGUGCUGAUGGAAAAAAAGGACCCAUUAUCUGUAGAUAUUAAGAAAGUAUUACUGGAUAUGAGAAAAUACCGAAUGGGACUUAUUCAAACUCCUGAUCAAUUAAGAUUUUCAUAUAUGGCUGUAAUAGAAGGAGCUAAAUUUAUAAUGGGGGAUUCAACUAUACAGAAAAGGUGGAAGGAGCUCUCUAAGGAGGACCAAGCACCAAGUUCUGAGCAGUCUCCUCCACAUCCCACCAAAAUAACCACAGAGAAGUACAAUGGCAACAGCAUAGGCCUGGAGAAGCAAGAUCAAGUGGAGAAAAAUGCCGACCUGUCCAAUAAAGUUCAAGAUAUAACAGACGGAAGCAUUGAAAGUACUGUUCGAAAACGGCUCCGAGAGGAUAGAAAAGCUAUCACAGCACAGAAGCUGCAGCAGAUGAAGCAGAAGCUAAAUGAGACUGAAAGAAAAAGAAAAAGGUGGUUAUAUUGGAAACCUAUUCUCGCUAAGAUUGGGUUUGGUGCAUUGAUUUUAGCUGGAGCUUUUUCUUGCUGGAAAAUGUAUUUUCAAGAACAUUCCUCGUAAGUAAACGCUAAGCCUGCUCUGGCAGGUGACUGUGCUGCAGGUAGUGGCCAGGGGUCUGACUUAAAGCAGGAAACUUUCCCACCUGGAAUGGGUACACGAUUAGGAGCAAAGUAGAGCAGUGAUACCAACUGAUCACAUGUCAACAUCUCAGGACUCUCCACUGCAGGUACUUAGGAAAACGAACUGCUACCCCCAACAAUAUACAUAUAUAUAUAUAUAUAUAUAUUUUUUUCAUUUAUAUGACCAGGUACAAACUUGCUGCAACUGUUUAUACACUUUUGAAAAUGGUAUUAGACCAAAUCUCUUAGGUAAACCCUGAACUCGGAGGUUUAGCCCCUGAAGGUUGUCUGGGUUUUAAUUUACAUGCCUGACAUAAGCAAUAAACAGUGUUGUUAUCCUUUACAUCAUUAAUGCAAAGAAGUUAUACGUAAAUGUGUGUAAUGUGUAAUGUAUUAGUGACGUGAACAUAAACAUUUUAUAUUCUUAUGAACUAGGAUAAAUAUAUUUUAUAAUUGCAUAUUUAAUCUUUUUGUAGUUUACUGUACUUUUAAAAGCUCAGUUUGUACACAUUUCUGACCAAAAAGAAUUUGAUUUUGAAAUUAAAUGUUAAUUA